UGCCACAGUCGCACUCUUCCAGAUGCCCCAGCGGAGGAAAACGCAACACCUCGCGCCGCACCCCCGGAAACCCGUCAACUCGAGCCCUCAGGAGGACCCCUUGGUCAGCUGCCUGGACGCCGAUGCCACCUACAUCUGCACCGCCUACAACUCCCGCUGCUACAUCAUCCAAAAGAUCUCAGCUGUGGUGGAAAGCGGAGGCUUGAAUCCAGAUGCCGAUGAAUUUCAAUACAAGGGUAUCAAAGAUUUCAGCGAAUCGGACCAGGCUGAAUUUUAUGAACCUGAUGUCGACUUCGAAGAAGAAUCACAAAUGGGUGUUCUGGAGGAUGGUUACGUGUACAUGAAUGGGGACAUUGCAAAGGUUCCAUCGGGGGCGGUCUACCCUGCCACCCCUGAUCCCCUCACGGUCACGCAACCAUCAGCCCCAAACUACAGUGCUCUAAAUGGAGUCGUGGAAUCCACAGAAUCUGUCAGCGAGACUAGAGCGGCACAUGGAGCACAACCGGGAGGAGGUGCUGAGCCAAGUCCUUCCUCAGAAUCUGGGCUUCCAUUGGACCAACUCAAACAGAUGUUAUCAUCGCAGUUGGAAUAUUAUUUUUCUAGGGAAAAUCUAGCUAAUGACACUUACUUGCUGUCUCAAAUGGACAAUGAUCAAUAUGUGCCCAUUUGGACUGUAGCAAAUUUCAAUCAAGUGAAAAAAUUAACUAAAGAUAUCAAAUUAAUUACGCAAGUCCUUCAAGAAUCACCCAAUGUCCAAGUGGAUGAGGAGGGUCAGAAAGUUAGGCCUAACCACAAACGGUGUAUAGUUAUUUUAAGAGAAAUCCCAGAUAGUACACCUUUAGAAGAAGUCAAAGGUAUAUUUUCAGGUAGCAACUGUCCAAAAUUUAUAUCUUGUGAAUUUGCACACAAUAAUUCAUGGUAUGUUACGUUUGAAAACGAUGAAGAUGCACAGAGAGCAUACAGGUAUCUCCGGGAGGAUGUUAAAGAGUUUCAAGGUAAGCCAAUCAUGGCAAGAAUAAAAGCGAAGCCAAUGAACAGAUUGCCAAUGUCAGCCCCAGUUGGAGGGAUGGCUGGAGGGAUGAAAAAUGGAUACCGGACUCCUCCAGGAGCAGCCCCAAUGUACGACCCUGUAGCCAGUUACCCUCAUCCUGUGCACCCUCCUGCCCCAGGGCCCCCUCCAGGCCCUCCUCCACAUCCAAGGUUCCUUUACGCUAAUGGCGGCUCACUACAAACUGUUAAUUAUAAUCCUAAUCAAGUCCAAAUUUAUACUUUUCAGCAGCAGCCAUUCUAUCCGCCAAAUAUGUUGCCACCUUGGGGAACUCCAAGUCCAGCCUAUUUCGAUAUCGGUAGCGUUUUCUCAGUCAAUGGCCUUGCGCCCCAAGGCUCCUUUGCCAAAGCACCCAAUUCCAGGUUCAUUCCUAGGAGUAACAAUAGGAUUAAGCGUGGAACUGGUAGCGGCGGUGGAAUAAUGGACCAACGAAAUAUGGUAAUAGAUAACAGCUAUAAUCGAGGCAACAAUAACAAUAGUAGUAAUAGUUCUGUUAAAAGCUAUAGUUCAAAGUAUUCUGGAAGUGAAUCAAAGACUCAGGAUACCGGCCAAUCAGCAACCGCGUCAGAUGUAGACGAUUAUCAAGCUUCGACCAGGCCAAGUAGUAAGGAACCACAACCCCCGCCAAGGCAUCUAAGGCGGAGGAAGAAGGAAGAUGAAGUCGCUCAUGCGCCGGUGUCUACAAAUCGGCCCUCCGAGCGCAGUUCAUCGACCCAGUUUGACUUGGAAGCAGAUGCUUUCCCACCUUUACCUAGUGCUGUGACUCAUCCCUCAUCCUCUGCUCCAACGCAACCACAUGCCCCACACCCUUCUCAUACCCCUCAUGCUCCACCAGUCGAGGUGGAAACCUCCCCUCUGCCUCCUGUUGUGACUGUUGCUGAGGCUCCGUCUUCAGACUCACACUCCGAAAACAGAAACUGUAAGUGGAGCCUCAUCAAGAAGUAGAGGAAGCAAAACUUCUUCCGAUCGUGAAGGAGGAAGAGGAGCUCCUCGAAGGGAUAGAAGAGAUAACUCGUCUCGCUUUUCAAGAACCAAAUCUCCCAAAUAGCAGAACUUUGUAACAAGGAAAAGUGAACUAUGCCACAUGCCCGCCGCGGGAGAGGUGGUCGGGAGCGCCAGCUAGACACCAGCUAAAUGCUCCCACCAAGUGCCUAUAACCAAUCAAACAUGCUUUUCUAAUGUAUAUUUGUUAUGUUUUCUUUUUAUUGAAGGAAAAAAGGAGAUAAUGUUAAACAAUAUUUUUCUUAGCCAUAACGACAUGUCACUGAGCGUAGAGCAAACAUAAAUCUCGCUUCAUUAACGAUUUUGUGUUGCCUUUCAUGUUGUUCGGCUAUUAGCAAGAUUUUUAGUGUCAAACUGUGAUAAAAUUCCCCCGCGGUAAUACCAUUUUGCUGUCAAAUGAUUUGUUUCCAUUUUUCGUUCUGUCGGUAGUAUGCAUGCCUGUGGAAUUUUUUUUUUCUAAUUAAUCAUUUCUUUGCUGUUGAAAACAUGCAAUCCUCUAAAGAGUAAAAGGAAAGUUUUAUUUUUAAAAUAAUAGAAACUGACGAAAACUGCAAUGCAAGUAUAAAAAUCGUGACACAAUAGAUGUUUAUUUGUUAUGACUUGAAAUGAAAAUAAAUUUUGUUUAUGUACAUAAGUCAUGCUAUACACAUAUUGUAUACUAGGAACACUGAAAUUUUCAAAUCGAUAUAUUGAAAGAAGAAAAAACCAAAUCUUAUCGUCCUUGUUGAAGCAAGACUAUGAUAUAGCACGAGCGUAACCUUUUUUAUCUUCUUUUUCCUUUUCUUUUGUUUUUACAGCUGUUAUCUUUUAUUGAUUUAUUGUAUACAUUAUUUUUCUUCCUCUUUGUUAAUUGUUAUUGUUAGACUCGUUUCAUUUUUUAUGGUGGACUCAUCAUUAUUUUUUUCUCUUAAAUUUGUUGUCCUUAGUCAUCAUGCGAGUGAAGUGCAAACCAGUCGGUGGGGAGUAGAUCUAGCUCGUGUUAUUUCAAAGGUUGUAGGGUUUCUCGUUCUCGCGCUUGUGUUUCGGUCCCUGAAUAGUUAAGGAUUGGUGGAAGUGCCUUCAAACCUUCUACAUCUUCGAAAAAGAUUCCCAGAAGAUAAUUUGUUCUCUUCUCUUGUAGCAAACUCGUGGUUAUGUACUUAAGUUUGCUGUCUAUGGUCAAUUCAACCAUAGUGGAAUCAUUUUUUGCCAUUUCCCCAUCUCUGUGUGCCUGCCAUCAGGUUUUCUUUUUAAAUUUGAGUGCUAGUCAAGAUACUAAGCCAGACAAAUGUUUUUUAAAAGAGACCAGCAUCCCCCACAACGACAAAAUCACAAAUUUGUGUCCUAGUUUUGCAGAAUGAUGAACAUUUUGCAAAAUUGCAUCCCUUAGAGAGGCAUAAGGCAAUGUCUUUUAGCCAAAAGGUCUAAAAUGCUCUUUUGGAGAUGAGAUGGAGAGUGUUUCAAUGUCAGGAUUGUGAGAAUGUAAACAGUUCUUUUUGACAUUGAAAACAUUCGAAAAUGUAGUAAUCAGUAAAGAUUUUCCUAGUUCUGAGUUGCUUCUGAAAAUCUGGAGAGCUGUGGACGUAAAAUUAUAAAGGGGUGAAAUACUCUUUAGCUUCCUUUCAGUUGUUCUAUUGAAAGAAAGAGCUAAUUGAUGGGAUGAAAUGGAGUAGGUUUACAAGAAAUACACCCAAUCUUUGAGUCUUGGAUCUUUUUAGCACACUAUUUUUCUACCUGUUUAUCUUACCAGAUAAUAUGAAGGAAUCUACUGAAUGCUCAUUUAGAUCAACUUCAAUCGAAGGCAUCUGUAUGUAUAUGCAAAAACAUUUUGACAGAAGGGUUUCGAUCAAUUCAAGUUGUGACUACAACAACUGCAUCGAAGUUGUCAAAGUGUGCUAUGCACUGAAUAUGCUUUCCUUUAGCGAAGCAAGUUUUUCCUAAAACUCUCAAGCACAAGUCAACAGAACGGGACUCAAUACAAACCUUCAGCUGUUGCUGGUUGUAAAUUUUUAAUUCUUUGUUUUGUCAAUCAUUUUGUAAAGAGGACAGUGACCUGUCGACCAUCAGUAUGAAUUUUAAAGGCAAGAGUUCUAGAGAGACUGUAGCAAAAUCAAAGCAGCUAGUCAGGUGAAAAAUUUAAUGUAAGGUUCGUAAUGCAGCAAAUAGUUAUUAUUAUUUUGUAACUGCCAUGGAGAUCACCAGUAACUACUGGGGUAAUUUUGUUUGCAUUGCUGUGUGCACAAGGAACUGCAGAAUUAGAGCUUGGUCCAGACUGGAGAAGCUUUCCAAAGAGAGUCUCCCCAAUCGAGGAAUAGUGUUUUCGUACAGUCUUCUUCUAGUAACUAUCGGAGCGCAGUAAAUGCAUGAGACGCGGCUAUCAAUAAUUUCACUGUAAUUCUUCAGCUGAAUUUAGCAAUUCUUUUUUUGCUGUAUUGGUGAUCUCCAGGGUGCAGUGGGGGCUCUCUGAAAAAACAUCAUGGCUGUGAAAAGAUUGAGUCUGUAGCGGCAAAGCGUGGCCUAUGGAAGUUCUCUGACUGAUAUGGAGCCUAGCUCAGGUCUGUUGAGUGUAGAUUAAUUAAUUUCGGGGCCAGAUAUCUGCGGACUAAUUUCAGGUCGCUGCUCCCUCGCUUUUGUAAUUUUGAUUUACUUACUUAUUUAUUUUUCUAAUUGUAUGAUUUAAUCAAACCAGUAGGAAUAGUUUUCUGUUGUGAAGGCAUUUACUCUUGCUUUGGUGGAUGAAAAGCUCAAACUGAUAUUUUUAAAGAUUAAUUUGUAGAAUAUUCGGACCUCUCGGAACAGGUGACUGUUGGUGCUCCUUUCUUCUUUAUUUAUAGCUUUAAUUACUUGAACUAGUUGGAAAAAUUGCUGCUCUAGAUGUUAAUUAUGGCAAGGAACAUGAACUGAUUUCUCUAUACGUUAGUUUUUUAAAACUCUAUUGAACUCAAGUUAUCAAUUUUGCUGGUAUUCUCUUUGUAGAAAAACUUGUCAUGAACGGAUUGUUUCAACCUUUUUGGUUCUCUUCAGAAGGCAAAUUUCAACCCAACUAAUUGGGCUAGCUCAGCACACUCAGUUCAAUGAAAAGAAAGUUUUAGCUUCGUGAUUUUUGGUGAAACCAAGUAGUUGUUAUUACUUGAGUUGCUUGAAUUUUGUUGAUUCAGUUUAACAGAAGUGCUUUGCGAUAGAUGAAGUCCUAGAAUUCUCGUUCUUAAUGAUAGAACAUUCAUGACUAAAACUUUUCUCUCUUUUGUCGGAUGAUUAUGCGGUUACAUAGACUGGUCCUGCUACCAAUCAUUAAUAACAUUGUUCCUAUGACAUAAAGGCAUCCAUAUCCUUAAGACCCUUGGAAAGCAUGGAGUCUUAUGGGGGGAAGGGCUGACCUAGAAAAAUAUGUAAGUCCUUACGUCAUAGGAGCAGCAAUAGCAGUUCAGUGGUGUAAAUAUGUAUAAUCAUGUGAUGUUUGAGUCGAAUGCGUAUGGUCAAUUUAUGAUUGAAACUCCAAAAUGAUAUUGCAAAAUAUCGAAUUUCUGAAAAUUUGAAUAUUGUUGCAUAUGUCUGAAACUUAUUACUGAAAGUUAGUUUGAAGCAUUCCUGGUUCCUAUGUGUUAAAAAAGGAUAAUUGUAAGCAUAUGCAACCAUUGGACAAGUCGAAAAGGGCUACAAUGAAAACUGAAUAGAAAAUUAUGACUUUGCAAUCGUGUCCUCUGACACUAGCGUGCUGUCUUAUCCUUCCAUGGAAAAUUUUGGUUUUUGAAAUAACAAGAGAAGGGAAAUUUUUAUUGAAGCAAUGAGGGUACUUUUGUUUUAAAAUUUCAGAAAAUAUAGUGAAUUGGACGGAAAAGUGAUGAUCAUUCUGAAGAACAAUCUCAUCUCCUGUAAUAGGCGGGAAUCUCCCUUGAAAUUAUUUUCUUUUUGAAUUUUUAUCACAUCUUCUCAGUUAACUUUAGGUAGGUGGCUUUCCAAAAUCUGAUAUUUCCACGUACAUUUUGGCAUUUUGAGACUUUACUCAUAAACAAAAACAUGCAGUCUCUUUGUAGUAAAUCAAAAUGAUGAAAGCAGUGCAAAUUCCAAAAUUAAUACCAUUAUUUUAAUUAUCGGUGAAAAAUACAAGUUUGUGAUACAGCAAAUAUAAUAUUCAUUGUCUAAAAGUAACUAAAAUAAUAAUGUCUAAAAUAGCAUUUUUUCUUUUUCAGUUGCAUUAAGUGAUUUGAAUCGUAUGAAGAUUAACUCAUUAGUAUGCUUUUGGUCAUCAAAAAUAAUUAAUCCAAUAUGUUCUAGUAUAAAAAAGAGGUCCUCUUGAAAAUCAAAUCCUCCGCAUUUCUAGUAUACAUGUAUUUUUCUUUUUUGCUGCAAUUUAAUUCUUUUAAAUGUUUGGAGGAGUGGUAAGAGUAAUUUUCUGUUCCGACCAAUAGCUCUUGCGAAAUCAUGCACGAAAACAGCAACUUUUACUACAAGCAGCACAACAUUAAUAUAUGAUCUUUGCAGAAUCACUCGUGUACUUGUUCUGUAUUUAUUUCACCAUGUAUAUUUAAACGAAAUAACAGUAGUAAUCUUGAACAACUAAUUAAAAUGCAUAUAUUGCUGUAGGAAGUAUUCGUACAUAUCAAUUUUUCUUUCUUUCUUUCUUUCUUUUUUUUUUUAACCUCUGGAAAUAGAUUGAGUUUACAAAAGAAACUUUUUUUUUUCAUGCAGUGUAUUAUGCAAAAUCUUUCAAGAAUUUCUAAGAUCAGCUAGCGCAGACCAUUUGCAAUAGUAUUUUGUAGUUGCUGAAAAUCCAUCUACAUACUUAUUGGAAUAUAAGGUCUCGUGUAGGUUUAAGUGAUCAUAACUUUUGUAUGAAAUCAAAACCAACACUAGAAACAUUCUACAGGUGAAAUCAAGAGGUGCUCGACCACUUCAUGUCUUUGCAAACUAUGUUUUGAAAGACGUCAGUGCUUAAUCUUUUUGACCCCAUAUUAUGAUCGCUGAUUAAUUUGUUAGGAAUGCUAUCAACAAAAGAAAGGUGAAAAGAGAAAUGAGUGAAAAAUUUACUCAUUUUAAAUGUCUAGUCUUAAUAUCCUAUUUUCCACAGGCAGAUUGCCUCAUUUAGGUUUUCAAAAUUCAUCCCAUUGCAUUCAUCAUUCCCUUUCGAAAGUACUAAAAGUAAUAAUGGACCAGGUCUGCAUAUUGAUAGGCCUUUGCCUGCUCAGAAUAAAAUGCUAGUGCUGUGCUCUUUAGCCAUUUUGAAUCCACUUGAAAGAUGCUGGAGCUCAAUAAAACUGACUUUGUAGUAGAAUUAAAUUUUUACCUGAUUACUCUCGUAUGUCUGUCGGCAUGACCAUACUUGUUCAGCCUUUAGUUUCCUGUCAUUAACGUAAAGCAGUUGUUUUUUCACUCAUGUGCAGAAUUAAAUUAUGAAAGUCCCAAGUCUUUGAACUGAAUAUCCGUUGGAGAUCUUAGAAAAAAGAAAGCAAUUUUUCAAUGAUAAUGGAAGACAUCAAACAGAUAUGCAGGGUGACCUGUGAAGACUCCAUAGUAUGCUGGUGCAAGAAUUUAUCAAUACUUUGCUGAGAAUUGACAACUCGUGCAUUCAAGCAGGAAUUAAUUGAUGGCGCAGUGAUGAGUACUCAACGAAAGUGUGAAGUGCUUAGCACCUCUCAUUUUGCUAUCAUACAGCAACCAGACAUAGGUCACUACUUACUAGUAUCACAGGCGAAGUUAGGUAAUUAGUACGGUUUAUGUAUUUAGUUUGAUGUCUUCAUAUUUAUAUCAAGCAUAAGAAUUUUAUCUCAUAAAUGUAACCAAAAGUUUGCAAACUAGAUUGCUAAGACUGAUGUAAAGCUCUGAAAGGGCAAUCCAAUUUACAAUUUAGGUCUAAUGUUUUAAAAAUAAAUAAAAAAAUCAUGUAGUGCUUUAUGUCUCCCAAAAUGUUAGUGUAUUCAGCUAGAGCUGAAAUAAAGUAAGGUUCAUCUGGGGUUGCAGUUCGUAGUUGCAUUACGCAUAUUCAUGUUAACAGAAACUUUAGAAUGGCUUUCAGUUGAGUUUUCUUCUUUUUGCUGCUUUCUUAGUAGAAUGGUAUUUCGAGAAAAGAAAUACAUCCUUUCUAUUUCCUUCUUCAAAUGAAUUAAUGAUCUUAAUUACUUAUUUCCCAUGAAGUCCACCAACAACCUCUUUGGAAAGAAGAUUAGACAAAUAAAACUUAUUUAGGUCAAUCUCUACUUCUAUGUGUGUCACAAGCCUACAUCUCAAGAAUUCCCCAAUUUUUUUACUUCUCAAAUAAUGUUUGGAAUGUGAGCAUCCACUGUCCUACCUUUCAAAGCAAACCUUCUGUAAUUCCAUCUGACACUUUUCAAGAAAGUUAAUAAAUGUACAUCCUUGUAUUUUUAGGACAGCCAUUCUAUGAGGAACACACAUACGUCCUCGCACACACAAAAAUUAAGCACAAAAGAUAUUAGAUUUUCUUGCAACAGAGCGAUCCAUUUGGAAAAGAAAUGCUGCAAUGGAGUCCUCAGCUUUGGAUGGUAUUAGUGUAUCGAGAUUUUAGAUCCCAAGUUCUGUUGCCACUGCAAUCUAGAUCUUUUGAAGACUAGAUGAAGGGAAGAAUUGGUUACAUUCUUACUUCAAUCCAUUGUAAAGUUAAAGUUUUUUGCUUACCAUUCGUGGUAUCCUCUGUUUUUUGUAUGUUUUAAAAUCCAAGUAAAAGUUACUCUUGCGGCAAGGCUUGAAAUGAAUUCCAGGAGUAGUGUGGAGCCGUAGUGAAUUAGCCCUUCUUAGCCCCUUACAUCUUUUGAUCCGUGGAGAGCUUAAGAAAUAGAUUGUUAUUUCAAUGGGUUCAUGGAAAUUUUGUCUCCAUUUUCGAUUGUUAUUUGCAUGGUUUAUCACAAAAGUAUAAUAGCUGAUCCAUCUCUUUGCUUAAAUGUAUUCAUUUGACUGCCUUGACCUACUCAAGUUGUUGUGAGGGUGUAAUGAACUUGCCAUUUCUUAACUGCAGACGAGGAAAAACAUCCUUUGCAGAAAGUUUGCUUGGCGAACAUCCUGCAAAGGAUAAAUGUUGACUGACAAAAAUUGGCGUCAAAAAUUUUUGAGGCUUUCUCAGGUUGAAGUCAGGUUUGUUUGCAUUCUGAACAUUUUGCGGUUGAUAAAGACAAGCUAUUUCAAUGUGUUUUUUCUAUGUCUUCUUGAUCUGCUCUCAAAAGAAUUUGGUGAACCUUUCGAGGGUUCGGUAGAUUUCCAAUAUCCGAGUCAAAACCCACACUAGCUGUGAAUCUUCAAAAAAUUACCAUUCAAGAGGAGCAUGGAGUGACCAAAACUUUACUUUUAUGUUACUUCAUCGCUAUCUCUCAAUGUGAAUAGAAUCAGAACUAGGACAAUUAUGUAGCCUAAAUGUAUUUAAUCUAGAGUUUAGUGUUUAGACUACAUCAAUUUACCUGUAGAUACUCCCGUCUUUCUGUACAAAAUAUCUACAGCCUGUCCUUUGUCAGUUAAGGGGUAGGGACAAGAAUGAAGAUGGUUUGUUGUAAAAAUGGAUAUUAUUAGCGAUUCUCAUAAUAUUAAAGUUAACUGCGUCUUGUUUUUUCAACGAUAUGUCUGUGGUCAUUCAAGUUAGUCUUUGUUAAUUUUAUAUUUUUAACCUGAGAAAAACCUGAAGAUUAUCGUGAAGAAAACAAUCUACUCUAGGUCUGCCCUCUCCAACACUUUUUUUUUUUUUAAAUUUAACCUGAAAAAUUUGCUCCUUGUUGAAAUUCCUUGUUUAUUCAGAGAACCUCAUUUAUUCAACCUAGAAAUGUUAGAAUAUGACAAAAUGGUCAGCUAUUCCCUCCCUCCUUUCCAGUAUUUCUGACGGAAGCAUUAGAGAUUCACCAAGAGGUAUUUUGUAUGUUAGUGAGUGGGAUUAUGGUAAGUCUUGUUGUAAACGCAAGACCAUAAAUAGGAGAACCAUGAAAAUAUUUUGUGCUUUAGCAACUACCCUAGCUCCUAAUAAGCAGAAAACAGUAAAUGACCCAAUACCUCUGAAUCUCGACUGAAUGUGACAGUGAGUCUGCAGAGUAAUUAAGUGAAAGUUGUCACAAGGGUCAGUAUUUUUGGAUUUAUUCUGUUCGUGUUCAUUCUGGUAGUGAAAGACUGUAUUCACGAAAUUAUCAUCAUUUGAAAGAAAUAUACUGGUACUAAAAGCCGAAAUCAUCUAACUAAAUCAUUUUAUUUUUGAUUCUUGCGCAGUCUGUCUCUUCAACUUGAUUUACACCAAAGCACACAAUGUCCAUUUCAUGUUUUAAUCGGUGCGGCUUUUUUGAAGAAUCGCCUUUACUAGAAAGAAGUUGUGAGUUCCUUUCAUUAGCCAAAAUUCAUGGUCCUGCAGCAUUGCCUUUUUAAUUGAGUUGAGGGACUUGUUGCUAAGGUCUCAUUUAUGCUUUUGACGCACUCAGUUUGCUGUCAAGAAUGAGUGUCCGUUGCUUAGCUUUCUCGGUGCAGGCUUUCCAUCGAUCACCCCAACCAUGGACCAUCAUUUACAUCAUCAAGCAUCACAAAUAGGAGUCUGUGUAGAGUUUCAAGUGAUAUUGUACUUUCAUGCGCGUGGGUUUCGUAGCAGUUUUGAGUGAACAGGCUCAGUUAACCUAAGCAAAAGUACUAAGCUGAAUUGGCCCCUGUGCGAAACAUUUCUGUGCCAAACAGAGCCCUCAUCAGGAUAUAAUUGUAUUAGAAUGAAACGUCCGUCAUUUGUCAUUCUGAUAAUUGCUGGAUUGUGUCGGUAUUUACCCAAAUUCUUGUGAAGGUCAACUCAAAUUUCUAGCUUUUAUUUUAUUUCAGAGAAUUGAGUUUUCUAUGAGGUUGGCUAAUACAGUUGCAGUACAAGUUGAAGCUGGUUAUAGUUGAACCACCAACAAGCUCAGAAUUCAAAAGAAAUAUAUCCAAUAUAGCUAAAAAUUUCAUGUAUUGAGGUUAAAAGCUGAAAAUUGCAUCCCUUUAACAAGUUGAUGAAAUAGGUUUACAAUGCUGUAUGUUCUGGAUCAUUGUUGUGGGUCAUUGUAAAUGUUGGAAUUGUUGCUGAAAUGAAAGCUCUGUCAGGCAGAGUGAUGCGAAGCUGUGUGGCUAAUUCAGAAUCGUGCAUGCCUUUGUUAACCGUACCUGUAAAUUACAAGUGUUUAUCAUUUAUAAAUGUGUAUUUUUAGUAAGCUGAAGUUUUAGGUUAACUGACUAUUUUUGUAAAAUUGGAUUUUUAUCGAAUAUUUAAUACUAAACUUGUACUAUUACUCUAAGUUAAAUGUUUGUAAAUAGUUAUGUUCAAUUUUAUGAAACUGUUUUCGUUUGAUAUGCUUUUAAUCAAAGUUAGCUCAAAUUUUGGUAAGUCGUGUAGGCUAGUGGUAAGUUACUCAGAUUUAAAUAAGGAAAAGGCUAAUUCCUGAAUUUCGAGAGUUGUAACCCUGAAUUAUCUAUCAUUCAAUCAACUUGUCCUUAGUUCAAUUGCCGGUAAAGUCUUUCCGUUGUUUUUUAUUUUCUUUAUCUCGUUUUGAUAAUUUGUUCUGUUCAAAUGCUCUUUCGAAUAGUGACUCUCCACUUGAUUUUUUCGUAACUCAUGAUCAUGUACAUGCAACCAGAUGUUUUAAAAAAGCAUUUCACACCUAACAAAAAUUUGCCCAUAUUCAUUGAAUAAGGGCUUACUCAAAAUGCAUUAUCAUAAAAGAACUGAAGUUGAAUUCAAACCAGUUCAUAUGACUAAAUUAGGCCAAUCUUAUGGAUAAAUGGUCCAUUUCAAAAACUGUGAAAAUCCCCCAAAAGUAGUAGAGGAAAUCAACCCUUGAAAAUUUCAUUUUGAUGCCUGACGCCAGCUUCCGAGACGAUUUUUUUUUUUUUUUGCUGUAUUAUGAAGAGCCUCAACUAAGGGAUAGGCAGAGAAGGAGUUUUGUCCGAAGGUGCAUUGUAGAUUUCCUAUUUGAUCGUUUAAGCAUUAGUUUUGGAGUAAAAUGAAUUUGCUAGUGAAAUGUUUUUAAUUGAGGGACAUAAUAUUAUUGACUCCCACAGAGGUAUAAUUAAAUUUGGAGCGUUUUCAGGUAAACUUAAAAUAUAAUAUCUGUUGACUAAUCAAUCAAAAACAUUUUGACUGAAAAUUGCUUCCACCUCAUGUGUCCGGCUGGUCUGUGAGAGAAAUUUACUACUGCUGAAAAAGAUAGGAGUCCUUCCUGGAAUUGACAGUUUAAUUUAUUAAGUGCAGCUUUUUCAUUUUAUUUAUUAUUUAAAAUUUCUCUCAAAAGAGUAAAGAAAUUUUUAAUUUUGUAGGAUACAUAUUUAAAUAUUUAUCUCAUUUUCCAGUAGCCGGCUUUUAUUUGCAUCUAUACCUAUCUGAUGUCUGUUUCUUUGAGGUUUUGCUUGAGAAUCAUAAAAUUAUCUUUUUGUAUUCUGAGGUAUAUUUCUUCCUUCAAGAGGUUAAAAUAACUUGAGUGUGCCCGAUUCUCUUCUCUCCUUAUCCGUGCAAUGUUCUGAACUACAGGAUAUUUGGGUCAAUUAAUGAAUCUCUUCUAGUAGACAAAGUUUACAGCAUAUGCCAACUGAGUGUAAUACUAUUAUCCACUGAUGUUAAGUACAUAAUUUUGGGUCCUCCAACAAGUGAUAUUUUUUAGCCUGGCUAUUCCAUGAAAAAUCUCCAGCUUCCCCCCAGGAAUGCUUUCUUUAUACUCACAUUGAAGGGAAGAAUUCUUGCUCAUGAAUUUCUUUUGGUGGAUCCAUCAUUCCUACCGAGUGACUAACAUAGACAUCAGAAUAGUUGGUAGCUGUGCUGUUGCUGUCUAACAAUGUUCGAAGGCAUCGAUGCUUUUUAGGGGCAGAUGUGUAAAUCGGUUGACCGCACACCAUCAAAAGUGAACAAUCGCCAACCUAUCUGAUGCAAAUUCUAUGGCUGUUCUAAUCAGUUCUUCUGUCACUAGGAAUUGUCAUGACUUAGCAGUAAUCUCCAAAUAUUUAAUCAACACGAGAUUUUUGAUUGUGAAUUGCCGAUGAGUUUAAACAUCUCUCAAUUUUCAAAGGUUAUUCCUACAAAUUUCAAAUUAAAUGAAGAUUUCAUAAUGACCUUUGCAAUUUAUUCAAAUGUGACUUUUACCGGGUAGAAAUCUGUUUACUAAUCCAUUUUCAAAAAGCAAGGGUUUUGGUGCAAAGCAGUGCAGUUCUUCCACCAAAGUUGGAAUUCAAGGUUAGUCUUACGAGACAGUAUUUUUGGGACCAUUUAUGUAAAGAUUAUGUAUGGCAUGUUUGGGAACCUAAAGUAAAUUGUUUUCAAGUACACCCACCAUCCUGAUCCCUAAGCUCCUUUUUUCAACUGAAGUCCAUUAUCGUAGGAAUGAACUUUCUCUUUCCAUUGAAAUUGAAAAUUCCUCAGAAAAAAAAGAAAACCCUUAAUUCAGAACCCAAGAAAUUUGAUCAUGCUGUCACAAACUAAACCAUGAAAAUUUCAAGAAGUGGCAGCUUCAGGGCUUUCGGUGGAGGCAAAAUUAGCAGCAUGAGAGUUUCGUAUUUUUCUGCCAGGAUCCAAAAAAAAUUAUGUACUAAGUGGCGUUACUGAUGAGUGCAAGCUUCCUUCUUCCCUAACAUUACCGAAAAUUAUUGAAGCUGUCCAAACCAUGAGAAUUUUUAACCAAAAAAAAGUUAAAUCGGCCUCUGCUUUGGGCUCUUCGUGAGGUUUGAUGGCCUCAUUCAAUUUAUCAUACCUGUAAGUGUAUUUUGUAGCAAAUUAAAUUGAGAAAGACUUUGUAAUUUUGAACAUAAAUGUAAUGAAACAUUAAAAAUAGUCUAUUAUUAAGUAUUAGAUUUCAGACUCCAUGAAGAAUUUCAGGUACUCCAUCUUGAUAUUUUUGUUUUUCACAGUUUCUCUUGAUUUGAAACUCUGCUAAAUAUUACCAAAAUUUUCAAAUGAACAUUAAUCUUCGGUUUAAAAUGAUCGUCCUUCUUUUCUCUCUCUUUUUUUUUUUAAAUUGUAAAUUUUGCUGUGUUCCAAUGCCAAAAAAGUGGGUAUUUUGUAAAUUGUGGAACUUGAAAAAGAAAUAAUUAUGCACUCUAAAGCUCGAUUCGAGUUUUAAAAAAGAGUAAAUGCGAAAAGAAGGUUUCUCUAAUGCAUUGGAGCUUAAAUUCUUGAAAAAUUCUGUCCAAACUACUCAUUUAGCAUGCAAAUGGAUGUAAUCUCCAAUUUUGCAAAAGUAAAGCAAUGUUAUCUUGCACUGACGUCUUCUGCUUUCACCUCAUCUAUUUUAAGAUCGAGACGACAGGUCCUUGUGUGUUUGUGUAAGAUGCUUUUUAUAUAGAUGGUUUAAAUCAAAUCACUUUCUCUAUGAACUGACUCUCCAAUUUGGCAGUCUGUAAGAUCAUGAGUGACACCUAUUUUAAUGGGGAAUGAUGUUGUCAAACUAGAAAAAAAAGAGAGAAAAAAGAUGAAACUUUUCUGUCCUGCUAUUCUGCAUCAUAAUGCAGCACCCCCAUCUGUGUGACUUGCUAGAAGACUGGUGUGUUACCAGAGCUUUUUGCAUUUGUAAAUCUCCUUUUCUUCUUAUUUUCUCUCUCUCUGUUUGUGCGUUGAAUUCUAAAUUUUGGCAAAUCGCUCCUCAGUCGUUGACAGUCUGGUUCUUAAUUUUUCUUACACCAUCAUCAUCUUGUGAACCUUCGAAUUAGACGCUUGUGCGUCGCUCUCGUCUCAUCCCCUGUCUUAGAUUAAAUUCGAAAUUCGUCUGCUGAAAGCAUUACUUGAUUCUGACAGCAUUUACUGCUUAUUUUUAUUGAAAGACUGACCUUUAAAUUUAAAUUUGAGUGUUUAUUCGUACAGCAUAACGCUUAUAAUUUUUUGAAUGCAAUUUUCAUACAUUGUACGUGUUUGAAUAAUCGACUCGCUGGUUGAAAUUGUUUAAAAUGAAGGAAAAGUAAUAAACAAAUUAACGUUUAGCUAUUGUGAUUAGUGUAAAUAAUGGACUAAUGAUACGUUAAAAAGUUUCUCUCUUUCCCUGGGAAUCCUUAAUCCUCUCCUCUCAGUGAUAAGUACUGUUGAAAUUUAGUCUUAACAUAUAGUAAGAUCCAUCAAAUAUGUAAACUAACAGUAUGAUAAAGUGAAUAAAACUGUUUUGUUUUGAGAGAAAA